GAACACGUGAAGCAGCAGCUGAGGCUGGCAGAAACUUGCCGGCAGUCUCCGGGUAGCAUCGCACCGUACCGUGGUCAGCUCCGGACAUCCCGGCCUGAGGACAAUGAGGUCAUCGUGCGUCCUACUGGCCGCGCUGCUGGCGCUGGCCGCCUACUACGUGUACAUCCCAUUGCCCGGAGCGGUGUCCGACCCCUGGAAACUGAUGCUGCUGGACGCCACUUUCCGCGGCGCGCAGCAAGUGAGUAACCUGAUACAUUCCCUGGGGCUGAGCCACCACCUGAUCGCACUGAACUUCAUCAUCAUUUCUUUUGGGAAGAAAAGCGCAAGGUCUUCUCCGAAAGUGCAGGUGACUGACACGGACUUUGAUGGGGUGGAAGUCCGAGUGUUUGAGGGGUCUCCGAAACCUGAUGAGCAGCUGCGACGCAGCGUGAUCUAUAUCCACGGAGGAGGCUGGGCCCUGGCAAGCGCAAAAAUCAGCUACUAUGACCAGCUGUGCACUGCAAUGGCUGAGGAGCUGAACGCUGUCAUUGUGUCCAUCGAGUACCGGCUAGUUCCACAGGUCUUCUUUCCUGAGCAAAUUUACGACGUCAUCCGUGCCACCAGAUACUUCCUGCAGCCAGAAGUCUUAGACAAGUACAGGGUGGACCCUGCCCGCGUUGCUGUUUCAGGAGACAGUGCUGGUGGGAAUUUGGCCGCUGCCCUUGGACAACAGUUUAGUUACGUGGACAGCCUUAAAAAUAAGCUCAAACUGCAGGCGUUAAUCUACCCGGUCCUCCAGGCUUUGGAUUUCAACACGCCGUCUUACCAGCAGAAUGCGAACACUCCCAUCCUGCCGCGCCACGUCAUGGUGAAGUACUGGGUGGACUACUUCAAAGGCAACUACGACUUCGUGCAGGCCAUGAUUGUGAACAACCACACGUCGCUGGAUGUGGAAAAGGCUACGGCCCUGAGGGCCCAUCUCGACUGGACAUCCCUGUUGCCCCCGUCCAUCAGAAAGAACUACAAGCCUGUGGUGCAGACCACAGGUGAUGCCAGGAUCACCCAGGAGAUCCCCCAGCUGCUGGAUGCCUCCUCCUCCCCGCUCAUCGCAGAGCAGGAAGUGCUUCAGCGCCUGCCGAAGACUUACAUCCUCACCUGCGAGCACGACGUCCUGCGGGAUGACGGGAUCAUGUACGCUAAGCGCCUGGAGAGUGCCGGUGUGAACGUGACCUUGGACCACUUUGAGGACGGCUUUCACGGUUGUAUGAUUUUCACAAGCUGGCCGACUAACUUCUCUGUGGGCAUCCGGACUAGGAAUAGUUAUAUCAAGUGGCUGGAUCAAAACCUGUGACGAAGUAACCUCCUCAGAUGCACGAGGCUCUCGACCUCCGUUCGCGUUGGAAGGAUCGGCUCCUCUCCCUUGUUUCUCAUGUGUAUUGGAACCUGUACCCUGCAGACCUUAUGAUAAUCUGCGUUGUAAAAGUGACUCACUGGCAAGUUUAAAAACAUCUCGGCCAUUUUCUCUAUUCUUUAUUGUCGUCCACGUGGAACGAAUGGUCACAAUUUGAGGAGCUAGAAUUAGCCCUAGGUCCUGUCUCUAUUGUGUUCUUUCAGCAAGAGCUUUUCCAGCUGUGGGUGCGGUAGUAACUUCUGAGGAACUGAAUAAACGUGAGCUUUUUCUUUAGUUCCCCGGUUGACGUGGGUGCAGAGCAGGGUCCGGGCACUCGGGGGCGCUCCGAAGCAGAGCCAGGGACGGCCUCUGACAAUGGCUGUGUUUCCUGUGGGAAUUUUCACAGGAUUUCCAGCAAGGUGUACUUCUCAAAGGCUUUUCUUCCCUCAGAGUGGUAAUUUAUGAACAGGUUGAUGUACAUUCAGUGCGGGCUAAAAGGACACCUGAAAGUUCCUUUCUGCUCCUAUUCUGGAAAAGACGGUGCAUGUACUUGAUGCGUCCCUGGGAAAAUCUUUUGGAGACAAACUUAUUUAUAUGUAGAGUAGGUUUCUUAUUAUGAAAUAAGUAAAGAUAGAAAAACCAAACAGCCUGUUGUUACUUAGGAAUACUCUCCUGGCAUAAACUACUAAGAGUGGUGUGUAUAUAUUUGGGAUAGUGAACAAAUAAAUUAUGCUUAAUAAUACCUUAAAAUUACGAGAAAUACUUUUAGAAGUCUAGUCCAUUUUUGGAAGAAGGGCUAGUCCAUUCUUGAAAACUCAAUUUUUUCACGUGUAGCUGAAAAUUAGACAAUUUUGGUAUAGUGUGUUGUUUAUUUUUUAAGUUAUUUAUUGUUAAUAUACAUAGCUAAACAGGAUUUUUCUGAAAGACAUCUAUUAUAAAAAAUUUAAGAUAAAAAGUAUUUUUAAAAGAAAACUACCAUAGAGUUAUAUCCACAUGUGAUUUUGUGAGGAACUAGAUAGUAGUAGUAGUAAGGGUCAAAUACUUCAAUAUUUAGAUGCAUAUGCAAAUUAAGAUAAUUAGAAACUUUUUUACUUAGUACAGACAUCCAAGUAAUGCUGUCUGACCAUCCUAAUCCAAAUCAGAACUAUACCAAAAUCCAGAAUUUUGAGUCUGGUCUGAUGGCACAGAUAGAAAAUUCCAGACCAUGGAAGUUUAUUUUGUGUAUAAAAUUAUGAAACCUGUUGUGUGAAGUUACCCUCAGGCUAUGUAAUGAAGUUGUAUAAAAAGCACAGAUGAAUGUCUCAAUUAGAUUUGGGUCCUAUUCUCAAGAUAUUUUUAUAUAUAUGCAAAUAUCCCAAAGUCUAGAAUAAUUAAAACUCUGAAAGGCUCUGGUCCCAAGGUUUUCAGAUGAGGGAUACCCGGCCUGUAGUUUAAUAAUUGACAGAUACGCAUAAUCAUCUGUGCCCAUGAUGGCCAAGAGAACCAUCAUGGCAUCUCCCCGAGUGAAAGGCAGACGCCAGCACUGCCCACUCCCUGAGUUUCUCCAUUCAGCUCUAGAAGUUCCAGCUGCCCAGCCUUACCAUCAUAAAUGGUCUUCACUGCCAGUGUGGGCAUCUUGGGCAUGGGAAGGAAUUACAGAUCAGAUCUGAGUUGAACACCCAGCCCUCCUUCCUGUCACACAAUCCGAGCUGCAUUUCAGGACGGUACAGAGAACACUCAGCCACGUCAUGGUCCAGGUCAUCGUGGAAAGAGAGCAACAGAGCCUCCCACUUCACGAAGGAUGGGUCUUUCCUGUUUCCAGCAACGAGGCAACAAAUGAACACCUUUACUCUGACUUUCAUGUAUCGUAAAAGCUACUAGCAUCUUUAUACAUAAGCGAAUGUACGGUGUGUGUUUGUGUGUGCUGUGUGCAUAUGAAAAUACUCUUGUAGAUAACCUUGCUGAUGUGCUCGAGCCCCUGUCGCUGGUCUCCCUUGUCUGAAAUCUGAGCGCAGAGCUACUGGAUCUUUCAGGUCCCUUCUAACAUCACUCUUCCCUCUGCUAAUUUUUGCUAGGUCGUAAUUCUGAAUACACCAACAUGCUCGUCUCUAAACACUGAUUUUGCUUAUGAAUAGAUUUUUAAAAAUUGGCCACAUAGCAUCAGUGCCUCCACAGGGUUAUCUCUGUUCACAUUUGGGAUAUAAAUUGAUGCCCAUCUUCAACUGAAGUUAUGGGGAAAAAAUCGCAGGGUGUUUUUAAAGCCUGAGAUUUCAGUUCUUGGUUGAGUGACAGCCAGCUUCUCACGGUGCUGGGCACGGCACCCAGAUCCUUCCAUACUUGGUAAGUGCGUUACCCUGAGCUAUGCCUGGAGCUUCAUUGCUGUUUUCGUCCACACCAUUUAAAGGUGUGAAAUACAUUUUGAUUUUACCUCGAAGAAAGAGGAAAAUGUAACAUAUUCACAGAAUUCCUUAAAAUGACAUUUUCUUUCCCAACUGUGAGCUACAUUCUACAAAAAUCACAGACAAUAUGUGUUUGCAGAUGUCUGAGGAGCUCUCAAAGGUGAAAAGGGAAUGAAGGGGACAAAGGGACCACCCUGUAUCUGAUAGCAUACUUGGGUUUAUUCUUAGAGGUUUGUUAUGCUCCACGUGCGAUCUCUUUUUCAGUGUGUCGUAGCUUGGUUUUGUUUUCCUGUUGUAUGAAAUGUUACACUUUGGAAUACUAAGAUCUUUGAACCAGAACUUUAACAAAUGAAGGAGAAUCUUGAGGUGCUGCAGAGUGUGACGUACGAUUCCUCGUGGGGUGUUCAUGCUCAUUUGUGAGGACCUGAAGACUUGCCUAAAGAUGGAGAAUGGAUUGUUUUGUGCACGACCUUUGAACCUUUGGCUUUUUGUUUGCCAAUUCUUACUACAAAGGGGAAGGCAGAUUUUAUGAAGACUUUUAGGAACAAAUACAUUUUAUGGACUGAAGAUCCAGUAUGGCACUGGGAAAGUUUGUUUAUGUUUGGAAUCUUGUUUGGAAAUAAAAUGGGUUCACCUGGAA